GGCAAAAUUUAUCAACAAUACUUCUAUCUUAUUUAAACCAUACUUGUGUUUGCCUACCAUUGAAUUAGUCUUGUUCGGAAUAUUAAACAGUUCGUCGUAAUAAUCAAGAAAACAGUAAAUAUACAAUCAUGUUAAUAAUUUUGCAAAUAUUUUUUCCAAUACGUUUGGAGAUUGGAAGAAAUUACAUUGCUAUUUGAGAGAAAAAUUAGGAAAAUAAGAACGUAUGUUCUUGGAAAGCAUACAAUCAUAACCUAAGUGAUGUUAUCAGUCUGUAUGUACAAAUAAAUAUUGUUGUGUAGAACUCUGUAGAUUAACCAAGUGUAUAGAACGGUUCCUUCUUUAUCAAAAUUGAUUACUGACUUUCUGUUUAGUUGAACGAUUGUCAGUCUCGCUGUAAGGCGUUCAGAUCAUUGCGCGCACACGGCUUAUGCUUUGUAGAGAAAAAUACUUUUAUGGAAUUGUUUUUAUUCAAUCAUUUACGUUUCAGUGACACAUCGCUUGCGGAAUUACAAUCCUAUUAUAUGUUUGUCUCUCAAAAAUAUAAUUAAUACCCAUAGGCUUACAGACUGCGUUUGAAUUAUUUACUAAAGUUUUCUACAUCAAAUCAACAACUUAUUAUUUAAAGAAGAAAACUGUUCUACAUCAGUUUGAUUCAAAAGAAGAAGUACUUUCUUUUAACAGAAGAAAAGAUGCAAAUAAGAUGAAACUUGUGGGAAAUACUGAGUGACCGUGCUACUGAACACUCUCACUGAAGGAGUUUGCUCCGAAUUAAAUUCUGACUUAUAUUUAACCUGAAAAUCUUUUGGUGAUCAAGUUUUUUAAACAAUCUGGUUUUAAUAUCGUCCACAGCAUUUGACAGGACAUCAAACAGAGAAAGUAAUCUCCUGGACUUUUUCAGGUGAACAUAUUUCAUAUCUGAUAGAAAUAUUUUAGUGUGGACUGAAAAGGAGAUAGCAGCUCGUAUGACAUCGUCAAAAACCAAUUUGGUUUUACACUUUCAAUAUUUAAACGUAUACUAUAUGCGACACAGCUCUACAAUGAGACUUAAAAGAAUAAUUCUACUCAUUCUUAUUCAACUCUGGACUCUAGUUCAUACUGACGCUGCAGACAAUAUUUCGCUGGACAAAGAGGCAGGAUCAUGUAGUUCUGGUGCCAUGUUUAUCUGUUCACAACAGCCAUUAGAAUGCAUAGCAUCAACACUAACCUGCAAUGGUGUGAGCGAGUGUGCUAAUGGAGCAGAUGAAAGUGUAUCCAUAUGUGGAUGUUUGCCUAAUGAGUUCCAGUGUAACAAGACCUCAUGCAUUGAUGUCAUAAAGAGAUGUGAUCGGCAUCCAGACUGCCAUGAUGGAGAAGAUGAAAUUAACUGCGAGAUCUAUACAUGCCCAGAGACUCACAGCAAAUGUGCCAAUCAUUACUGUAUUCCAAACGAGGCUGUAUGUAAUUACGAGAAUGACUGUGGGGAUAACUCUGAUGAGGAAACAUGUGGAUAUCGUAAAUGUUAUUCCACGGAAUUCCCAUGUAACGAUCACCGUUGUAUGCCGAUGGGAAUGCUCUGCGAUGGUGUUGCUAACUGUCAGGAUGGCAGCGAUGAGGACAAUUGUACUGUCCAUUUCCGUUGUGAGAACGGCUUCUAUAUUCACAAGGACCGGGUAUGUGACAGCUGGACAGAAUGCUACGAGAGCCAUGCAGAUGAAACAAAUUGUGGAGAGUGUAUGAAGGACCAAUUCAGGUGCGACAAUGGACGAUGUAUCAGAAAAUCCAACGUGUGUGACGGUGAAUGUGAUUGUAUACAUACAUGUGAAGACGAACGAGGCUGUGAUACUAUAGCGUGUCCAAAAGGUGAGAAGUACAUUUGCAAGAACAGUCAUCGAUGCAUCUCUAAAGAAUAUCUGUGUGACGGCCACAAUGAUUGUUUGAACACCUUAUCUGGCGCUGAUGAGUAUUUUUGUCGUAAAAAUAUUUCCGAGUGCGAUCCACACAAGGAGAUAUAUUGCUCCGAGGGCCGAUGUCUACCAGCGACGGGGGCAGACAGUGUACUGUGUGAUCAUUAUGCUGAUUGUUUACACGGAGAGGACGAGGAGGGAUGUGACUAUAAACCGUGCAAUUCGGACGAGUUUCCGUGUGAUAACGGUCAGUGUAUACCCUGGAAGCAACGCUGCAAUGGAGGAACACCCGACUGUUUCGACAGGUCCGACGAAGUCGGUUGCGAGAAACACUCGUGUCCGUUUGGGACGUCAGCCUGUCAAACUGGGCAGUGUAUACCGCAGGAAUAUUGGUGCGACUAUAAUCGGGAUUGUCCGGACUUCUCCGACGAAAAUGACUGUGUGCGGCGGAAAUGUUCAAAUGAAGAAUUCAUGUGUGCAAAUGGCCAGUGUAUCGACAAACUGUUUGUAUGCUACAAUGGUAAAGGUGUCGGCAGAAAAGGCUGCGCAGAUGGAUCUCAUUUGUUAAACUGCCGUAAUCACACGUGUUCGGAAGCACAAUUUAAAUGUCCACUGUCUUACUGUAUUGACAAUGAAGAGAAAUGUGACGAAGUAAUUGAUUGUAAAAUGACCUACGCUGACGAGUUCGGCUGUGGUUUCAAGUGUCCUCUACCAGAAAUGGUGUGUGACUGUAUGGAUAUUGAUAUGAACUGUGAAAAAAGAGGUCUUUCUCGCCUGCCUCAUGAUCUAAGCAGAGAGGACACAACAAAAUAUAAAUUUGGAGGAAACAGAAUAAGGAUUACAGAGGCUACGUUCGCAAAUCUUAGCAAUAUUAUUUUUUUAGACCUGAAUACAAACGGAAUAGAGAACAUUCCAGAUGGAGCAUUUAAAAGUCUCUGGAGAUUAUUUACACUGAACUUGGAGGCGAACAUGAUAGAAAAUGUCAGUAACGGAACAUUUCAAGGACUUACAAAUCUUAGAACACUGUAUUUGGGAGGAAAUAAUAUACGUGAGAUAUCCCCUUUUGGAUUUAUUGGAUUGUCACAUUUACACAUAUUGAAUCUGAGUUACCAAGCCUUGUCAAAACUAUCUCCAAACACAUUUACGGGAUUGCGAAAUGUCAGGACUCUGAAUUUGUCGCACAACCUGAUUUCACUUAUUGCUGAGGGUGCAUUCAACGGUUUAAAGAGUCUAAAAAUUUUGGAUUUGUCCCACAACCAUAUUACUAGAGUGAAGACUAACGUUUUCCACGGACUGAAGUUUCUUUCGUUCUUAGAUAUCUCGAACAAUGUUAUCGAGGUUAUGGAGGACAAUGUCUUUGAAGGGCUACAGACUUUGGAUUAUUUAAUUACUGAUGAAUUCCGAUUUUGCUGUGCUGCGAAGAUUACAGGUGAAUGUUUACCAGAACCUGAUGAGUUCUCAUCUUGCACAGACCUCAUGUCAAACUUUGUUUUGCGUGUCAGUAUAUGGAUUCUUGGUCUAACUGCAUUCUGGGGAAAUAUUAUAGUCGUUGUCUGGAGGACCCGUGAUCUUAGAAAUGGAAAGGUCCACUCGUUUCUCAUUACAAAUCUUGCCAUAGGUGAUUUUUUGAUGGGUGUCUACAUGCUGAUAAUAGCCGUGGUGGAUACUUACUACCGGGGGAAAUACAUUCUCUACGACAGAUUUUGGCGAGAAAGUGAAUUAUGCAGAUUUGCUGGUUUUAUAUCAACAUUCUCUAGCGAAUUGUCCGUGCUAACUCUUACCGUAAUCACUCUUGACAGGCUUAUAUGUAUCAUAUUCCCACUUCAUUUAAAAAGACUAAAGCUGAAAGACGCUUUCUAUGUAAUGUUAUUUGUAUGGGCUCUUGUGUUAGCUAUAUCAGCUGUUCCCUUGGCUGGAAUUGACUAUUUCGGAAAUUUUUAUGGUCGCUCUGGCGUGUGUCUGGCUUUCCACAUCACCAACUCGAAGCCAAAAGGCUGGGAGUACUCCGUGGCAGUGUUUCUCGUGUUGAACUUUUUAUCAUUUCUGGUGAUAUUUUUCUCAUAUCUGCGCAUGUUUUUCGUUGCUAAGCAGACACGAAGUGCAGUAAGAAAGAUCCAAGACAAAAAUGAUAGCGCAAUGGCACGAAGAAUGACAAUGAUAGUAGCAACUGAUUUCUUCUGCUGGGUGCCAAUUAUACUUCUAGGCUUUGCCUCAUUGGGAGGAGCAGAAAUUCCUACAGAGGUGUUUGCUUGGGUUGCGGUGUUCGUUCUUCCGCUUAAUUCGGCAGUGAACCCAGUGCUCUACACGAUAUCCACAGCACCAUUUUUACGUCAUUUCCGGAAGAGGGCGAACAUCUUCAGAAAGUCUUUAAAAUUAUCAUCAAAAAUAGAAACCAAACACAGUUUUCUUGAGGACCGCUCGUCUCAUGUGUGGGACCGAAAGCCAAUUUACCGUCAUCUGGAAUUGAUGCGCAUGCGCAGUUUAAAUAAUACACCAUGUCAAAGUCAUUCAGCAACCCAUUCUCAGUCACAUUCGGAUCAGCUUUUAUAAAAGUAUUUGUUUUGAACUAUUUUAGGGAAAACUUUUGGUCCUUUGUCUGUUCUUUCCGUUCUUUCGUCCGUCACAACAUCGUUUCAACAAUAACUUGUCACAUCAUAUAAAAUUUGUAGAAGGCAGUUUUGAGAUAUGCCGGUUCAUUUUAGGAGGAUUACAGAUAUCCUUUCUUAUCCCUAAACAUAUUUUGAAAUAUUUGUUCCGGCAAUUUUCAACAGUAUCGUCCGUGAGCAAAUAGGUACGCUCGUAAAAUGUCUGCGCUGCUACAUUGGCAUUUGCUUACCCGAUUUGGCAUAACAUGUAUUUUUGUUUGGUAUCCGCUCCUUCAAUGCUGUUUGGAUGACUUGACACCGAUAUUUUACAGAAUUAGGCUAUGUACAGAAUGCACUUUCUCGGUCAUGUAAGUUCAAGGGUAAUGUCGAAAGUUAAAGUACUUCUGCACGAUAGCAUGAAAUGUUUCUACAAUGUUGAAUUUGAUUCAACAAUUUAGAAAAUUCGGCAAAUAAAAAAAGAUAUGUCCGUGUGCUUGAUUUUAUGCAAGACUAAUCAGAGAAAUUUGAACCUCAUACAAAUGUAUAUAAUGGCAGUCUACAGCAAAAUCACGAUAAUGGUGAAAUGUUCGCUAAUAGAUCUAAAUUGUAGAUAUUAAUGACACUUCAUACAAUAUCGUCUAUAAUAUGGUGGAAUAAAAAGUAUAGGUCCUAGUGCUUGUUUUCGAGAUAUUUACCCAUGAUUAUUUCAACUUUUCCAGAUAAAUUUUGGACAUUAUUUUGAUCAUAUAUCUUUAAAAAGGUAGUUAAUAAAUUCACUCACGAGUUGCAUCCUAAAAUGAUUUUCGUUUCCGUAUGACGACCACAGGCUUUAUUCUAUGUUAUCCGGUUAACUGACAUUACGCCAGUACUUCCGGUUUAUCAAAUCUGCAGAGCUACCAUAAAAAUAAGGUCAAACGAAUUAACCUUUACCCUGCUAAAUCAGUUUCUAAAAUGAACUGUCCUAUCAUUCAAUUUUGGCAAUACCAUUUAUUGUUUGAAGGAGUGUUCACUGAAAGUUUACUGACUGCAUAGCAAACAGUGCAGAUCAUGAAUGCCUGCACACAUGUGCAUGUUCAUCUUGGUCUGCACUGAUUGCAAAGGCAGCAUAACUCGCCGCCAAAAGGCUAAGGUUAUAGCUGGUAUCUGCUGCAUAUAUGUUUAUUGAAAAGCACUGAUGACGAUGCCCUAAUGCUCGCCUUUUUUUGCCCUUUCUGCAAGGAGGGAGUAUACUGGUUUCAGGUUGUCUAUCUGUCUGUCUGUCCGUAGACACAAUCUUGUGCGCAUCAUCUCUCUUCAUCCCCUUGACACAAUUUAAUGAAACUUCACACAAGUGAUCAGUAACAACAGUAGUUGUGCAUGGGGCAUGUUAGGUUCUUUCAGGAAAAAAUUGCAGAGUUACGGGACUUUGUUUCUUUAUUGCUAAAUUAUAUACAUAGACACAAUCUUGUGCGCACCAUCUCUCCUCAUCCCCUUGACACAAUUUAAUGAAACUUCUCACAUGUGAUUAGUAACAACAGCAGUUGUGCAUGGGGCAUGUAAGGUUCUUUCAGAAAAAAAAUGCAGAUUUGCGGAACUUUAAUUUGUGGUACUAUACUAUAUAAUAUAUAAAGUCUGCAUAAUUAUGCAAUAUUGUGCGCACCUAAUCUCCUGAAGCAAUGCACACAAUUUAGUGAAACUUCACACAAGUGAUCAGUACCCAACCCUAGUUGUGCAUGGUGCAUGUUAGCUUCUUUCAGAAAGAAAUUGCAGGGUUACGGGACUUUGAUUUUUGUUAUUAUGCUAUAUACAUAGAGUCUGCAUAUGCAAUCUUGUGCGCGCCUAAUCUCCUGAACCCAUUCACACAAUUUAAUGAAGCUUAACACAAGUGAUUAGUAGUAACCCUAGUUUUGCAUGGUGCAUGUUAGGUUCUUUCAGAAAAAAAUUCUGUACAGUUAUGGGACUUUGUUUUUUGAUAAUAUACUAUGUACAUACAGUCUGCAUAUGCAAUCUUGUGCGUGCCUAAUAUUCCGAACCCUUGCACACAAUUUAAUGAAACUCAACUCAAGUGAUCAGUACCAACCCUAGUUGUGCAUGGUGUAUGUUACGUUCUUUUAGAUAAAUAUUCUGCAGAGUUAUUGGACUUUGUUUUUGUUACUAUAUAGUAUACAUACAGUAUAUAGACAUAAUCUUCAGAACCCUUGCACACAAUAUAAUGAAACUUCACACAAGUGAUCCCAACCCAACUUGUGCAUGGUGCAUGUUAAGUUCUUUUAGAUAAAUAUUCUGCAGAGUUAUAGGAAUUUGUUUUUGUUACUAUAUUUGUAUACAUACAGUCUAUAAACAUACAGUCCACAUAAUUGCGAUGUACUGUGUCAGUGCAUGCAGGGGUACAUUCAUCAUCUUUAGUGAUAGCUCUAGUUAGUUUCAGCAUUUAUUUUCGUAGUUUACGCAGAUAUUGAAUGAAGUUUGGUGUAGAUCUAAAUAGUAACGUUCUUGAUUCCGGAGUUACAGUCUUACAUUUAUUAGGCCUUACAUUUAAUAGCGUUUAGUUUUACACUCUGAUGUUCAAACUCAUACUGAGCUGAAUUUCGGCGAUGUGCUGUAUCAAUUUCCUUAGUUUACGUCUACUGAAUUUUAGACGAGCUUCAUUUCGUUUUCCGUACUUUUUUCUCCAUAUUAUCAUAUACCGAACUGAUUCUUGAUGUAUGUACUUGUAUUUUCUUUCUUGCUGUCUCUAGAAGACUUACUGAUUACAUGCCGUCUGUAUUCAUUGUUUGGCUACAAAGAUUAUAAUGGGUUUAUUUGCAUUGUUUCACUGGAACAAAACGUUCAUCUAUAUGUGUACCUUUUGUCUCGUCUUUAUUGUUCUGACAUUUCAUUAAUAUUUGGUAUAAUGCCUAUAGUAGUUUUUAGAAAUACAUUGUAUUAGGGAUUUCAGAUGGUAACAUUUUUCUAUCUCAUAUAACUGUUGUCAGGUAAACAAUGUCAUAUAUUGCCAUGUACACAGCGUCACAUUUUGUCAAUUACUCAAUGUCACAUAUUGUCAUGUAUACAGAGUAAUAUCUUGUUAGUUACACAAUGCCAUAUAGUGUCAUAUCUUGUUAGUUAUACAAUAUCAUACAGCGUCAUAUCUUGUUAGUUAAGCAAUGUCAUAUAUUGUCAUGUACACAGUGUCAUAUCUUGUUAGUUACACAAUGUCAUAUAUUUUGCAUAAAAUAGUAUUCGUCGCUGCAGUACAGUCUAUGAAACUGGGAUUUUUGGAGAGAUGUUUCUUUACCAAUGAUAAAAUGAGCAUGUCGUGUCGUAUCUCUUUGAUCAACGAAAUCUUGAAAAAUAAACACUACAAAAGAUGUGUUAAUACAUUCAUAAAACGAAUCUAAUACUUAAAACAUUUCAGUGUAGUAUUAUGGUUUUAUAUUUUCGCCAUGAGAUAGCUAGGUAGAAGAUGUACAAGUUCGACAUAUACUUCACUAGACAGUUCGCGAAAGCCCCGAGUAAAUAUCCGAUGGCAUUUUUAGUACAAUAUGGCAUCAUACAUCAAAAUGUUUGGUGGGGAAAUGGAAUUCAGUCAGGGUUGAUACCAGGCUCAGAUAUCCCUAUUCAAGUUUUCGUGAGGCUCCAAUAGGGGGACACGCGAUAAAAAAUAAUAAUGAAAGCAACAUGUUGUUUCAAUAUUACAGAUUAAAGUAAAUCUGACUUAAAUCUAUUUAUUAGAGUGAGACAUUCAACUGUAUAAUUCAAUUUAAGGUAUAAAUGUAAUUUUCAAGUAAAAUUAAAGACAAAGAGGCCCUAAAUUGGGGGAAUUCACCACGAUAUGACAUGUACGUGAUGGUCUGACGUAUCCCCUAUGUUAAAAUUUGCUUUACACUUGUAUUAACAAGUAAUUAAGAAAUGAAUGUUUGUCUUCUAUAAUAUCCAGCGCAUAUAGAAACCUAAGACUCAUUCCAUUUUCUUUGAAUUUUCAUAUAUAAUUCACGAGGCCCCAAAGGGAGUCAUUCAAAAUGAACAUUUUAACAGGACAUGCGGCAUAUCAUUUUUGCCAUCAAUGCAACAUUCAGUAAAGUGGAUAUACUCACUCAAACUGUAUUUCAUUUUUCUUAUUUUCAUUUUAUUGUUACUACAACAAGAGUCCGUAAAAUAAGUUUAAUGGUGCUAACUUUUGAGACAAAUAUUUUCAAAUUGCCCAAAUAUGAAAUACUGAACUGAUAUGUGCACACAAAUAUGUAAACACGCAAUAUCACUUUUUGGCAAAUGUUUCAUUUUUGCAGAAAUGUGUGUAAAAAUUGGGUGUACAUUGAUACACAUAUAAAAUGGCCCAUCCAGUGCAUUCGAAGAAUAGUGAGAGCUAUUCUGUUAACUCCAGUGUUAGUGUCGCCUUUUUGACAUCCUCAACUUGGAUAUAUUUUGCAUGUAAGUUCAUAUCUAAACACCCAAUGUAUGUGUUGGAUUAAAAUAAGGCUUUUGUGUUAUCUAACCUAUUGAAAUAAAACAGUUAAAUAAAUCUUGACUGAAUUUAAUACAAUUUUUUCAGCCUAGAAAAUUUGGUCGAUUCUAUAAGUUUAGCGUGUACCUAAAUAACAAGCUGUAUUUCAAUAACUACAGGUAUUUGAUUAAUAGAGAGAAUAACAGGCUACUGUCAGCCGAGAUCUGAUAACAUUGAUAUCAAAAAACAGUAGCCUGUUAUUCUAUUUAUCAUGAAACUCACACAAACUGCUUAGAACAACAUAUGUCUUCAUCUCUUAUUUAGUAAAAAUGUCUACUGAAGCAAAAAAUUAAAAUUAUAUUUUACGGAUUUGAAAAUUCAUCCGCCCCUGAAACAUCUGAACGAAACAAUACGGCAGCCAUAUUGAAUUCAACUCCGACAAUGUUUUUUGACUUUCUGAUAUUCUUGUAAAAAGUAACAAUGAAAUGAACUCUUACCUGCAUAAAAAAUCAAAAAAUAUCCUCUUGAAUAAACCAGAACAUGCUUUAUUUCCAUAUUAUGAAACAUUUGACUCAGAAAAUUUCACUUCCAGUUCCAGACUCGGGUCAGAGUCUCUGAGAUACUUUAAAGUUUUUAAAAUCACUAAAUUUACACUGAUCCAAGAAUUGUAAUUAACACAAAUACUUUUGCUAAUACUUAAUAACAUGUGCAUGACUUAAAUUAGGCAUAAAUCAAGAAUAAAUAUAUCAUAGAUUGUCAAGAUGAUUGUAAAAAAGAAAAAGAAGACAAAUAUCUAACAGGGAAUGCCACGUACCAAAAACGCAGCCUCCCCGAAACGAAAACCACAGUACGCAGACGUGCACAUCACAAACACACACACACAUACACACACACACACACACAAAGCCAACACAUGAGGACAAAACGAACAAACAAAAAAACACAGUGAACCUUAUCAAGAAUUGAUCCAUGUAAACAUUGUGAUGUCAUGAUGAACGUUUCACAAUGACGUCAUUCAGUGCUAUUGUCUGUGUGAUAAGAUUAGAGACAACCGUAUUUGAGGAAAUUUGUUGAUAUUACAGAAUCAAUUUAGAAAAAAAAGCUGUGCAACAUCGAAACUGGUCUCUGUAAUUAUUAUUAUUAUUAUUAUACCAGAUUUAUACAGCGCCCUUUUCAUGAUCAAUUUCACGUUCAAAGGCGCUUUACAUAGUUCAAAUGCAGCCACACAGGGCGCAUAAUUCAUCCUCUGCUAGUACAGACACAGAGCGAUCUGACGAGAGGGACAGAGUGAGACAAAGCCCCCACGACAGAGAGAUCAAAAAUCAGAUACAGGCUUGUCCGGCUAACUUAGCCUAGCUCGUUGCGAAUAGACAGCCUUGUUCUUUAACGUGCUCAGUGUAUAGCACUGAUACACGCAAGGAUUGCCUGGGUUCCUGACCAGUACACCUCUAGUUGGGUGGGAAACACUGAAAAGCGUUUCUGAAAAUUCCCGAAUAGCUGCCGGGGAUGGAACCCCCGACCUCAGGAUUGGAAGGCUAGUGUGCAAACGACUGAGCUAUCUGUCCACAAUAAUAAAAUUCAAUCUGGAAUGAUGUAAAAACUAGUCCGUCAAUAUGGGAGGGGCUUAAAUUUGAUAUCAGGUCAAUGACCUGAUAACAAAAUAAAAUAUCAGACAGGUGAUAUCAGGCACUUUGCAUAGUAGUUGCAUGAUAAAAACUUCAAACAGUGCUUCGAGUCAUCAAACCACAGGAAAUAACCAAUAUGACAAAUGAUGUUUAGGUUUUGCGUAAAAAAGGAUUUUACGGCAGAGAGAUUUGCUGUUAAAAGACAGUUAACAACUGAUGCCAGUCUAGCUCUGUCUCAGUAACGACUGAAAUCACAUAAGAUGUCCACUUAUAUAAGCAAUUUGAAGAACUCUUGCUUAAAUUUCUUUUAAAAACAUGCCCUUUAUUUGGCUAAGAAAAUUUGCUUGAGGUUUUGAAUGCAAAUUGCUAUCAUUAACAGAAUAAAAAUUUAAUUGAUGAGACGACGUUUCAUGCGCAAAACCCUGACCCCUGGUUGAAAGGUCAAGGUCACAAUUGGAGGUCAAAAGUCAACAGUGUUUUUUUUCCUUUCUGAUCCAUAACUCUUCCAUCCGUGAAGAAAUUUUAAUAUUACUUGGCACAAAUCUACCUCAUAAUAAGACGAUGUGUCUUGCACAAGUGAAGACCCCUAGCUCAAAGUUCAAUGUCACAAUUGGAGGUCAAUGUCACAAUUGGAGGUCAAAGGUCAAUAGUGUUUUUUCCUGUCCGGGCCAGAACUCUGUCAUCCAUCAAGGGAUUACAAUAGUACUUAGCUUAAAUGUUCCCCAUGAUGAGACGACGUGUCUUGUGCAACACUCAGAAGCCUAGCUUAAAGGUUAAGGUCACAUUUGGAGAUCAAAGGUUAUUAGGAUUUUUUCACUGUCCGGUCUAUAACUUUUUCAUGCGAAACAGGAUUUAAAUAUCAGUUGACACAAAUAUUCCCCUGGAUGAGACAACGUGUCAUGUGCGAAACCCGGGCCCGUAGCUGCAAGGUCAAGGUCACACUUGGAAGUCAAAGCCCAAAAGGGGUUUUUCCUGUCCGGUUUGUAACUCAACAAUCUUCAAAGCCUUUAAUGGGAUUAUAAUAUAACUUAGCACAAAUGUUUACCACUACGAGACGGAGUGUCAUGCGCAAGAACCAGGUCCCUAGGUCUAAGGUCAAGGUCACACCUCUAUGCCAAAGGUCAAAUACAAGAAUGACUUUAUCCGGAGCAUUUCUUCUUCAUGCAUGGGGGUAUUUUGAUGUAAUUUGGCACAAAUGUUAACCGCUUGAGACGAAUUGUCUUGCGCAACAACUAACAACCUUAGGACUAAGGUCAAGGUCACACUUAGAGGUUAAGUUUCAAAUUCAAGAAUGAAUUUGUCCGGAGCAUUUCUUCUCCAUGCAUGGAGGAAUUUUGAUGUAACUUGCACAAAUGUUCACCGACAUGAGUCACCCUUGUUUUAAGAAUUACUUCCCUUUGUUUUACUAUAAAUAGCUUAUAUUGUAACGUUUUAUUACUGGCCGUAGGGACAAAUCGAUACCAUUUUUCAACAUGCAUGUUACAUCCAAUUUUAAGGUGUAUUUUGACCUAUCUCUACCUGGUAAAAGGUUUUGUGUGAUCUUCUAUUAUAUAGAAUUUUAUUUUAUUUUUUAAGGAUUAACUUCCAUUUGUUGUUACUAUAAAUAGUUUACCACUUUUCUGUGGUACAACAUGCGUGGCACAUCCAAUUUUAGGUGUAUGUUGAUCUAUCUCUACCUGGUAAAGAGUUUUGUGUGGACUUAUAUUAUAUAGAAUUAACAACUGUAGGUUUUUUGUAUAUGCAAAUUUUAAUCCAAGUGUUUUGUUAUAACAUAUUGUACAUAUAGUUCAAUAUUAUUUAUAUAUCAUUGACAGAUAUCAGCAAAAUAACCCUAGAAGUAAAAGAAGACUAUUAACGUUUUUUAAUGUUCAGCUGAAAGUACAUUGAAGGUCCUAAGGUUGAACUUUUUCCCUGACCAACACUUAGGAGCCAGGGAAAUCGUUUCAUGUAGUCAUUUUCACAUAAAAAUUCUUAUUCUCAGAAAUCAUUACAAGUAUAACUAUCGUUAAUUUAUAUGGGUUACAAAAAUAACCAUCGUUAAUUAUGGAUUAAAAAAUGUAUAUACUUAUUCUAUUAUCAAAAUUGCCAAAAUCAAAACUGCCUUCUAUCAUUAAAACAAACAGAUUUCACAGGUCCUGGAUAUUCUUGUUCAUAUAGACAUAUAGAAGUGAGUAUAUGGAGGAAAAGAUGAGUCGAUAGUUAUAAACUGUUGCUGCAAAAUGAAGCAUACUGCUGCUUACCUCAUUUUUAAAAAUAUAAGAAUUUACUAGCCCCGUUUGUGGCUAUUCCACAAACUCCAUCUACCAAAAACGUAGCUGGUUGGGAAAAUAUGCGCUACGUGUUCAUAUGAACAUCAGUGAUCCUUUUCGUGUAAUGAAAUACAAUAAUGAAAUGUAAUUAUCAGUGUCAUUGUGACAUUUACUGAAGCGGACACACCCCAGUACUGGUGUGUUUUAAAGUCAGUGGUACAUGAAACGCUGACCUCCAGGUUGAGCAGGGGAAACCUAAAUGCAUGACAACUUGAUACAAAAUUUGUUAAAAAUAACGUUGACAUGUCACUAGCUGAAUCAAGUGAUCUGAUUGCUGCCUGGGGUAUAUUCCAAUGAAAUGUUGCAAGAGUUUCACUAAAACAUCAGAUGAAUAAAGAAACCGGUAUAGGUGAUAUUGCUCAUGAAUAUAAACUUGCUAUAUCAAGAGGGCACACAUUAACGAUAAAUCUGGUCGCAACAAUAUUCAUACUAUGGCAUAUUCCAAUUACACCCUAUUAAAGAGAUGUAAAUACUCCAAUACAUAUGAAAUGAUGAAGCAUAAAUCGUUACAUACUAAACAUAAUUUCGGCAAUGGUUCUGUUAACUAAUAACUACUUGUCAAUAUAAAUGAUUAUAAAAUGAGAGUAAUUUAAACCCCUUUUGAGCCUCAAAAUUGUUUUUCUUUCGUAAAAAUAUUAAAUUUCCGAAGAAAAUAAUUAUUCUGGUACUUUUAUAGUUUACAACACAUGAGGAAAAGAGGGCAAUUUACCAAAAAAUUUCGGCGAACUUUAUAAUUUUCUGAUCCGGAUUAUUCUACAAUAAACAUGUCCCCAUACAAUACAAUACAAUACAAUAAGUUUUAUUUCAAGUCGGCAAGACACAAACAUAUGAAACAUAAGCUCUGAUGAGCUUUUUAACCGACCAUAGUGAUGUCUUUUUUAUUUUUUGUGAAGUAGAAUGCGCGUUAGUCACAUGAACCUGAAAUACCCAACCUUACUAUCGUGGAGAUUUUAAAAUAGUGUGAAAAACAAUAUACUUAUAAAUUAUGCGUUACCUAUCAAAAAAUUCAAAAUAUUUUUUUUAAACUGUAUAGGGGCCUCAAUUUUCAAAACAAUUAGUGUGAUAAACAUGUUUAUUUAUAUUGCAACACGUUUAAUCUAAACGAGAUACACAUUUCAUCAAAUAAUGAUAAAAUGAAAUUUAUCUUUAAUUUCCCUUAAAAUGGAGAAAAUAAUUAAUGGUCCCCUUUUGGGGUCUCACAAAUAUAAUAGUAAUGGAUUUUUGAGCCUGGUACCCUCCUUAACAAUAACAAACGUUUUGAGGUAUGAUACCGUAUUGUACUAAACAAUGCCUACGGAUUUGUUCCCAGUUAGCAAACUGUCUACUACACUGAGUGAUUUACACCAUAGGUAAUUUGUUCACGACUGGAGCAGCAAUCAAUGAAAAUGCUCAUUACUGUGUUCAUGAGUGAAUUACAUAUAGAUCUAACGCUGAAACAAACAAACUUUAAUUUACGUAUUUUCAUGAAGUAUGAUUUGCAAAGAAAUUUCAAUUAUUGAUAAUUAACGGUAGCAUAUAUCUGCCAUGAGACUGUCCGGUAGCUAUCGCGGAAAAUAGUUUGAUACGGCGAAGUUUUUUCAAAAUUUGAUCACAAAAAUUGAAUAUUUUCCUGGUUUCUUGGAAGUAUAUUUGCGAUAAUUUUCAUUCGUAUCGCAUAACUUUUGCGUGAGUGCCCAUAGUUGUCAUUUAUUUGCUAGAAAGCUAUCUCGAUACUUUCAAAAAUACCUUAAAAUUUCGAACUUUUUCUGAAAAGUUCAAUUCAAUAGCCUAAAGAUUGUUGGAAAUAUAAUUCAGAGCGAUAAUGUUUCCAGAAAACUGCAUGAUUUUCUUUGAAAGAUAAAAAAAUAUUACUUAGCUCUCUUUUGGCAGUUUCGAGGUUUAACGCGAAAUUGUGACACAAAAUAUGUAACAUAUAUAUCUUCAAAAUAUUAUUAGUCCUUCACUGGUUCAAAACCAGAAAUCAACAACACUUCAAAAAGCACAAACUGAAGGUUCUUUCUCUCUUUAUUACAAACAAAACAUUACCAAUAAUUGUUCAUAUUACUUAAAACUUUGUUAAACAGGAGCAAAAUUUCAAGAAUAAUAACAUUACAACAGAGUUAUUUUGAGUACGAAUAAAUUCCGAGUACGGGUGAGUACGAACAUAGUGACAAGCUUUCAAACUUUCGAGAAAUUAGAUAAAAACAUUCCGACUGAAACUUACCAAAAUCAUUAAUAUGAUUCCUAACAAGUUACACGCGAUUCUUAAACGUUCACGGUUAUCUACAAAAACUGAAUCGACACGGACUUCUAAAAGGGGAGAAGCGAGUACGCACGUUGAUAACUGAUGCAGCAAAUCAUUCUUUGGAUUAGAUUGCAUCUUUUAUGCCACCACGAGAAGAGGUUUUAUAAGAACAACAAGACGCAGAUACCAGAUGUCAGUCUGUGCGGAAAUACAUAUACGUCCCUGGGAAAGCAUUUCAAAAAUAAAAAUCAUGUAUUAACAGCACGUGAAUUGCCUUAUCUGCACACUAUUUUUCUCCCGUUAAUGGGCGGAUCCAGUAAAAAAAGUAACUUUAUGCAAGAAUACGAGUGUUCAUCACGUGUAUGUAGGGAGGCUAUUUAUUGGUGCAGGGCUGCGCUCGCACCUUGAAAAUGAAUAUAAAUUAUUUUCUGCCCUGUCCAAAAGUGAACUAUAUAGAGGAUAUGACUUUGCAGCGACGUUUUAUUAUUUCUGUGCAAUUUAUCAAUUUGCUAUUGAAAACAUAGGAGAGAACGUAAGGUGGUAUGCUGUAAGGAUUAAGUGAGAGAAAUGUUUCGUUGUAACAAAAAUAACCGAAUUUGAAACCUAAAAUACAUAUGAUUAUUUAAAAAAAAAUGUUUGACAGGUCAGGUAAGUGGGUUUUAACUUUACAUUUCACAAAAUAAAAGUGACCAACAUUGUCUUUAUAACUAGAUAACUAUAAACACUAAAAAGUUUCAUGGAAACUUGUUAGCUUGGUUAAAUGUCUUGAUUUUGACAUAAUUUUGCCUUGUAAAUAUAACACUUCUCUAUAUGCUAUAGAAUCUCUUUCAUGUAGCUAUGCAUGUUUACCAAAACUGAUGGUUCUGCUUCAACUGCCCACAAUUUCUGGCCAUUUUCUUUCACAGCUAGAAUGAAAACACAUUAAAUAGAUUUAGGUUCAAUGUAAACAUUCUGCUUGUAAAAGCUUGGAUGUUCCUGUUAUUUCGAGAGAUAAUUAUUGAUCGAUUUAUAUUUAUAUGAGGACGGCUAGAUCAUCAAGGAUAUUUAGCAUUUAGAUUCAUCAAUUAAAUGGCAUUAAAUUUUUUUUGUUAAAUGUGCAUCCAUUUUCAUUUAUGCGGAUAUUGAGCUCGUAUAACGCCUCUGGUGAACUAGUUUGUGUCCUCACAUCGCCAGUUCAUCUGUCCGUUCGUCCGUUCCUUCAUAUUUACUUAAAGUUUUUCCCACAUCACAAGCGAACAAAUGUAAAUCAACGGUAAUAAACUUUAAAAGCAUCAUUUCUUUCCAACCUAUUUAAUACGGAGUCAUUUAUGAAAAGUCCAACAUAUUUUGAUAAUAAGAAUUACUAAAACCACUCCAGUUAGCUUUAACCUGAGUCUUACAAUAAUAUGCUCGCGACACAAUUGACUAAAAUUUUUCACUGAGCAAUUUUUAAUGUCUGACGCUAAUAGUUAUGCCUGCGUUGUUUUAUCAUCUGAUUACCGGAAAUUUUUCAAAAUUUUGAGCCAAGUAUGCAUCGAGGAUGAAAAAAAGCUAUACAUGUAUUGAGUAUAUGUAAACCGCAGGUGCCCAGUAAAUACGCAAGAUCCAUUUUCUUGCACUUCAGUAUUUUCCGUACCUGAAAUAAUUCCUUUAUUCUGUCACUCAUUGCACAUGUUUAUAAUAUUCAUGACCAAGCAACAUAUGAUGCAAUAUGUUUUCAAUAUACGUUACAAUCACUUACUACUUUGAUCUUUACACACAAGGUUGGCAUGUGUUUGAUCGCACUACAGGGGAGUUAGAACUAUUUUUAGGAGGAAGGAUGUUUAUAAAAUAAAAAUGUUUGCUCGAUAAUCAUUGUGACGUUAAUAAAACCCUAUAUAUUAUUUUCACUGCUUUUUUCUGAAGCAAGAACAAUUUGCGUUGGAAUGAUCUUUUUUUAUUUUAUCAGGAAAACAAAGACCAAAGUCCCUAUUAAAACACACACGUAUGAUCGCACUGUUUCAAUGCGUAUUUCUUGUAAGUUCUUAUUGUCAUCAAGUAAAACUCAGUAAAACAGAAUUGCUUAUACUAGACUAAAUAAUUAAUCAAAUGGAACAAUUAAAUGGAAAAUUAUCAAUAAUCAUCAUUGCAAAUGACAGGAAUAUACGUAAACUAUUACCACUUCGGCAAGCAUGUUUACAGUCAAUGUCCUUAAUGUGUUUUCAUUCGACCGAAACGGACUUGCUGUAAAAAAAAAUGGCCGGAAAUGAUAGGCAGUAGAAGUAAAAAUGUCAGUUUUGGUAAGAAGAUAUAAUUCCAUGAAAGGGGCACUAUUAGCAUACAGAGAAGUGUCAUAUUUAUUAUGGUAAGGGUAUGAUUAUGUCAGAUAUCAAGACUUAUUUGUAAACAUUGCAUUCGAGCCCAAAACUAUUUUGUCUAUACAGUUAUUCCCCUAUAAAUGCAAUACUACUAAAGACAUCGGCUUUGAGAUACAGCAAUGGCACAUUUAUUUUGUGAAAUGCAAGAACCCACUAACCUGUCAAAACUUCCUUUAGUGCAUGUACUUUUGGUUUAAAAUACAGCCAUUUUUGUUACAGCGAAACAUUUCGCUCACUUAAGCCUUACAGCAUACCAUCGUUCGUUGAAAAUAUUGAUAUUCUGACGUUAAUUUUUGGUAUUUCUGAUACUCAUAGAAAGUAAACCAUUUAUAUUGGUAGCAAGCUACUGUAAAAUGUAAAUGUAAGAAUUGAAUGCUAUUUUAUGACUUAAUAUAUUUUCUAAGCUUCUAACAUGAUUUAUUUGUAGAAUGGUGACCAAUUUUACUUUUUCAGGUUUUUGGAAAAGAAUAAUUUGAUUAGUAUUCCACAGUCAAGUAAUUUUGCUAAAUGACUUUGUGAUGUAAAAUGUAACGUUAGUGACUACUGUAUCUUUGUAUUUUUUUUUCAAAAUAAUCUUUCCAAUAUACGUCACUUGUAUCUUUUUGGUUGUGGUCUUAUAUGUAAUCAUUGUACAUUUUGUGAAAAUUAUGCUUUAAAUGAACAAAAACGAAUACCUUUACUUGAUCUUUUUUAUUAUAACGUUGAGAGAACUAUAACAUUUUUGUGUUCACUUUGUAACUUUUAACUUUUGUGAUAUAAAGUUACAUUUUAACUUCGUUCGCCCGGACUCGGAUUGCUUGAGCACUUCUCUUGAACUCUACGUCCGGUAUAUAAUACAUAAGGCAACUUUCUCGCUGCAAAGACUGAGUUUGAAUCUGUUUUAAAUCGGCGUUAACUUUAACUUUACUUGAUUUUUAUGAGACCGAAUUCAUCGUUUUGUCAGCUAAAAGGUGGACAUAAAUCUGGGAAAAAACCUACUUCCGUUAAGCUUGGGUUACAAUAACGUUGAUCCAGUUAACCAGGGUACAGGUAGGUUGUUUGAUUAUAUUAUUGUCAGUGGGAUGUGAUAACUGUAGAAGUAAGUCAGGCAUUCUUAAUAACCUUAAUAACAUCGUUACUUUUGUUUAUUUAUUUUAUCUAUAUACAAUACAACCAGCAAAUAAUUGUUUAUGAUUUACUGUACAAAGUAUUGUAUCUAACUUUUAAAAUGUUGCAACAGGUUUUUGCUAAAGUUCUAAUCAUAUCUAGGUGAGUAAACAUGAACUUGAGUUUAUCAACAUCAC